AUAAAUAUGUAUUUUCAUGCUAAUCGGUCAAACGCUGUCGAAGUAUGAAUCUCUCAAUUUUAAUAUAUAUAGGAUUAUGUAAUAAAAUAUUAAAGAUAAAACAGUAAAUGAACGUUGUUUUGCGUUAACUCGGCCCUACGUUAUGAUUCGAAAAAAAGUUUUAUACGUUUUUUUUACGCUUUUUAUUUAUCUCGAAGAAACAAUAAGUUUUGCCUACGGGUAUGAUAGAUAGAUUUAAAUGUAAAUAUGUUGAAAAUUAAAAGACGCGUAUUAAAUUAUAAUUUUAAUAGAAGUUUUGAUAUUGAACUGCCUCGUUAAUAACGUGCUCAGCUAGUAAAGGAGAUCAUGCAGUCUCGGCAUUAUUGUUUUCGCCGAAGUAAUGUCGGCGGAUCAAAUGAUAAAUAAAGCAAAGGAAGUGCUUUCCACUGGUCAUGUAACUAAUUUAUUUGAUCACUUUAAAGCUCGGAGAUGUCCACUCAGGCCCGUAUGGGUCUUGGGGUAGCAACGCCGUCUGCAACUACAGACGAGUCACUGGGUAGGAUCGUUGUCCAUGGUGUUUAGUUCGCGAUCAAGCCUUGGCGAUCAGCGGUCUGUGGUGGAGUGGUGGGUCCGUGUUGUCUUUUCCCGUCGCUCAGCCAGGUCGAGCCCGUCGGUGGUUGUCGGCGAGCGCCCAUCAGCCAGCGACGAGUAGGUGGUUAGUGUUGAGUGAGGUCGCGUGGAAGUCCUCUUGGGUCUGGUGGUCGCCGAUGGUAUGGCGCAAUACCGCGUAGGUCACUAAAGUUAUUGUACCACACUAUAUAUACACAGUAGCGAAUAUCGAGACAGCGCGAUUCAGGAAUGAUAGAUAUUCAAACAGCGCCAUCUAUCGCUACCUAGUUGUAAUAUACGACACAAUUAUUCCGUCAAUAAAUUUGCCAUUAAAAGCCUGGAUUUAAGAUUCGCUUGCUCUCUCUGAUCGUGUCGGACUGGACAUUGUCCAUUACCGUCAUUUCGGAGUAUGAAAUAAUGUACCUGUGCUAACGCAAAUAUUUCUAUAUGUUUUUCGAUCACUUGCGUAGUUGGCCGUUCUCCAUUCUUAAUGGCCAGCUUGUUCGAAACGUUUAGGCCAGUUACUGACUAACCUCCGACAUUCGUUGCUAUAAUCGUCAAUAAAAAAGUGAAUCGUUAAGCUUUUGGUCCUGAGCUGGAUUGAUGGCUCUCUUAUCAGAAAAUAAGAGAAAGUACCUCUGCCGGUGCAUACGUCUGUGAUAGCGUAGUAUGCCAUUCUCCAUUGUGAAUCGGUUAAGGGGUAUGUAAUUUGCUGAUAACAUUGACAUUACUCGCUAUAAUAAUUGUUAACAGAAGCGUGUAAUCCAUUAUUAAUGAUGUCGAUCUAUUGUGCUCAAUCUUAUCUAAGAGUUCCAAUUACAAUGUACCUGUAGGAUGUACAGUUCCGCUAAAUAAAUAGGACGGUAGACGAUGAUUCUGUAUAUUUCCUAGUCAUCAUAUGCUUCGACCUUUAAUCCGUAUCUCGUUUCACCAUCUUCGCGAACUUCUAUCGGUCAGUCACUAGUUGGUACGUUCACGCUUAUGGAGCGUAAAACGUUCAGACAGCUUACGUUUAACGCUUCAAGUAGUGGGAGUAAUUGAAUACAUUACUGUUGGCGAUCAUAGAGAAAUGUCAAUCAUUCAGCCAACGACUACGAACUUAUAUAAACAGCUCGUUGUAAUUUGACGUCACAUAUGAUAGGAACGUUUGGAUCAUAAAAUUUGCACUCAAAGAAGUUUAUAUUCAAGUUCUAGAGAAGAAUUCUAAAUGCCGUCAACUGGCAUAUUGAAACACCCGAUGGAACCAGAAAUAAGCGCCACGCUGAAGAAACGUCACUCUAUCAUAUCUGGGCGAAGCGAUUUUUGGUCAUCCUCGGAUGAAGAUGAAGGUGUUCAGCCCCACGAGAAAGUCAUAGCCGCCGGUCAACCAAACCCACCAUACUGUGUUCGAAAUGUUGAACAGCACGCCUUCGGUAGGAGGGAGAUACAAAUAGCCGAGCAGGAAAUGCCGGGUAUCAUGGCUUUGAGGGCCAGGGCUAAGGAUGAUAAACCAUUAAAAGAUGCUAAGAUCGUAGGCUGCACCCACAUCAAUGCUCAAACAGCUGUCCUCAUAGAAACGCUAGCAGCAUUAGGCGCUACAGUGCGUUGGGCGGCUUGCAACAUAUACAGCACUCAGAACGAAGUUGCCGCAGCUUUAGCACACGCAGGCUUCGCAAUAUUCGCGUGGCGCGGUGAGAGCGAGGAGGCGUUCUGGUGGUGCAUCGACCAGUGCAGCACACCCACCACCGCCUGGCAACCGAACAUGAUCCUCGACGACGGCGGUGACGCCACGCACCUGAUGCUCAAGAAACACGCAACGGCCUUCAAGCAAAUUAAAGGUAUAGUAGAGGAGAGCGUGACGGGCGUCCACAGGCUGUACCAGCUCAGCAAGGCGGGGAAGCUCUGCGUGCCGGCGAUGAACGUCAACGAUUCCGUCACUAAGACUAAGUUCGACAAUCUGUACUCGUGUCGGGAGAGCAUAAUAGACGCAUUAAAACGCAGUACGGAUCUAAUGUUCGGUGGGAAGCAGUCGGUGGUGUGCGGGUACGGGGAGGUGGGGAAGGGGUGCUGUCAGGCGUUGAAGGCUUUGGGAUGCGUUGUAUACGUUACAGAAAUAGAUCCGAUAUGCGCGUUACAAGCGGCCAUGGAUGGUUUCAGAGUAGUCAAGUUAAAUGAGGUAAUAAGGCAGGUCGAUAUCGUAAUAACGGCAACGGGUAACAAAGGCGUCGUCACACGGGAACACAUGGAACGUAUGAAGAACGGUUGCGUCGUGUGCAACAUGGGACACAGUAACACGGAAAUAGACGUCCACUCGCUCAGGACGCCGGACCUGCUGUGGGAGCGGGUCAGGAGUCAGGUGGACCACAUAAUCUGGGGCAACGGCAAGCGCAUCGUGCUGCUGGCGGAGGGGCGGCUGGCCAACCUGUGCUGCUCGUCGCUGCCGUCGUUCGUGGUGUCCGUCACAGCCGCCACACAGGCGCUGGCGCUCAUCGAGCUCUACAACGCGCCGCAGCACCGCUACAAGGCAGACGUCUACCUCUUACCGAAGAAAAUGGACGAGUACGUAGCCAGCUUACAUUUACCGACGUUCGACGCUCAUUUGACUGAACUAACCGACGAACAGGCGAAAUACCUAGGUCUUAAUAAAGUGGGACCGUUCAAACCGAACUACUAUAGGUACUAACCUAGAUCAACCGCCUAGAUUCGCUUACAGCUUCUAGUUUUUCACUGGGGUACAAAUUUUGUUUUUUUUUGGUGUAAGUUUGUAAAAAUAUUAGUCUAUUCGUGAUUUAUUUUGCAGGUUUUGUUUAUUAUUGUUAUGUCAGUCUUAAAUGAUUUAUGUAUACCGACAGACAAAUAUUUCAUAUAUAUAUAUAUAUAGGAUUAUCUUUAAAUGUGUAGCCUAAAUUGAGAAUGAUAGAAUAUUAGUUUUCUUAAGCGGUUUCACACACGUGGCAGUGGGGGGCAGAGGUAUGAAAUAAAAAAGCCUUCGGUCUCAUUGGUAUUCGAGAUUGCUUCAUACCAAAUUUCAUCAAUGUCAGUUCAGUGGCUUAGCAUUUAUAAUAUUAGUACAGAUGUAAUAAUAACAGAGAUUUUGUUCUUUUUUUUUAUAGAAUAGGAAGGUGGACGAGCAUAUGGGCCACCUGAUGGUAAGUGGUCACCAAACGCCCUUAGACAUUGGCCUUGUAAGAAAUGUUAACCAUCGCUUACAUCACCAAUGCGCCACCAACCUUGGGAACUAAGAUGUUAUGUCCCUUGUGCCUGUAAUUACACUGGCUCACUCACCCUUCAAACCGGAACACAACAAUAUCAAGUAUUGCUGUUUUACGGUAGAAUAUCUGAUGAGUGGGUGGUACCUACCCAGACGAGCUUGCACAAAGCUCUACCAUCAGUAAAUGUUCAAAUAGUAUGUAAAUAUUCUCACACUUUUCCACAAAAGUGCUAUAAUAAUGGCUGCCCUAAAGGUCUUAUAAAGUAUAUAUUCCAUGCGAUUGGUAAUAACUCUGUUAUAUUAUAGACUACAAACAGUUCUUGUAUAUAUUUCUUUUUAUAAUACAACACUUUCAUUUAACUACUCAUAAUUUACUUCCAAAGUGUCCCAUUGUGUACGAAUCCAUAACGAAUACCAUUAAUUAAUUAUAUUCAAGAUCUCGAACCAACGGAAUCGUUGAAUUCUAGUGGUUUUAUGUAAGGCCGGAGGAGGUCCUGGGUUCAAUUCUGACAGAAAAUUCUCAGUAGCACCCCGGAGUCUGGAAGUAGGAAGUGUGUACACUCCCGUGCCUCAGAAAGCACGUUGCCCUGCGCCUGAACUUUUUCCGGUCGUGUCGGAUUGGCGUCCCAUCACAUUAUAAGAGCUAGGGAAUAGAGAGUGCACCUGUGUUUGCGCACACACUUGUGCACUAUAAUAUCUCCUGCGUAGUUGGCUAAUCUCUCUUGGGAUUGGCCGCCGUGGCCGAAAUCGGUCUGGAGGACAUUAUUAUUAUAGUACAAAAGUAAUCUUUUUAAUACUAAUACUCGCCAAUUGCAUUGAAGUGAUUUAUAUAUUAUCUAUGACUGGUUACACAUUUAAAAAUAAAUACUAUAUAAUAUAAUUUGUUCAAAAUUAUAAUAAAUUAUUGUUUUUAUUUUAAAUGAAUUGAUAACUAUAUUGUUGUAAUUUUUUUAAACAUUAAUUUAAAUUAACUUAUUUUAGGGAUAUGUAUUUUUAAAUGUUGACAUUUUGUUUUUUUUUAAUUUUAUUUUAGUAAAAAAAGUUACAAAUAUUUUACUUCUGUAUUAUUCAAUACAGAUUUAUUAACUCGUGAGUUUAUUUUUUUAAUAACA